GGGACGUACUGUUUCAGAUGGCUGAGGUCCACAGGCAGAUCCAGAUGCAGCUUGAAGAUAUGCUGAAGUCGUUCCACAAUGAGCUUCUAACCGAGCUGGAGAAGAAGGUGGAGCUGGAUGCACGCUACCUGAAUGCGGCUCUGAGGAAGUACCAGAUGGAGCACAAGAGUAAAGGAGAGAGUCUGGAGAAGUGUCAGGCAGAACUGAAGAAGCUCCGCAGGAAGAGCCAAGGCAGCAAGAACCCCUCCAAGUACGGCGACAAGGAGAUGCAGUAUGUUGAGACCAUUGGCAGCAAGCAGAGUGACCUGGACCAGUACACAGCAGAGGGCUACAAGAGUGCACUGUCAGAGGAGAGGAGGAGGUACUGCUUCCUGGUGGACAGACAGUGUGCCGUGGCCAAGAACAGCAGCUCCUUCCAUAGCAAGGGUAAGGACCUGCUAGCCCAGAAGAUCCCAGCAUGGCAGCAGGCGUGUGCUGACCCUACCAAGCUGCCUGACCGUGCCAUGCUCCUGGCUCAGCAGAUGACCUCUACAGGGGGUUCCCUGGGGUCCGUCUCCCACACCCACCAUGGUUCCAAGGGCAACCUGCUCAUCUCUGACCCCAUUCCCGGGGCCAAACCCCUGCCUGUACCCCCCGAGCUGGCUGCCCUCAUGGGCCAACAGCGUAUAAUGGGACCAGGAGGAGUGGAUGGAGGGAUGCCCAUGAUGAAUGGAACGACAGGGGCCCACGGAGGAGCAGGCGGGGGAGGAGGGGAGGACUACCAACACUGGAUGGAAGGGAAGAUGGCUCAGGCCCAAGCUCAGGCCCAAGCUCAGGCCCAGCAGGCUCAGGCCCAGCAGGCUCAGGCCCAGCAGGCUCAGGCCUCCUCCCAGGCCCAGCACCUCUCCCAGCCCCACAGACAGGGCAGUGAAGUCUACUCCAACACCCUGCCUGUCCGUAAGAAUGCCCCAGCCAAAAGCAACACCACCAUGGUUCCAGAGACCCGGACCCUGCCCCGGUCUAGCUCCAUGGCUGCAGGGCUGGAGAAGAACGGACGUACCCGUGUCCAGGCCGUUUUCUCCCAUGCAGCGGGGGACAACAGCACCUUGCUCAGCUUCUCUGAGGGAGAUGUCAUCACCCUGUUGGUCCCAGAGGCCCGCGACGGAUGGCACUAUGGAGAGAACGAAAAGAACAACAUGCGUGGCUGGUUCCCUUUCUCCUACACACGUGUUAUCCCUGAGACUGCUGGCAACAAACUACGAGAGAACAAUCUCCACCAUGGUAAGAGCAGCAGCACGGGGAACCUGUUGGAGAGAGAGGACAUGGCAGGUGUCCCUCCCCCAGACUACGGCAUGUCAUCUCGCCUGCUGGCACAGAGCAUGCAGAGCGCAGCCAUGACACACAGCAGCAGACGGCAACAACGGCCAUAUAGCGUGGCGGGGCCGGGCUUCUCACAGCAAGGACUUGAACAGUAUGAGCAACGUUUCCCUCAGAGGGUCCCCCCGCCAAAGGAGAAACCAGCCCAGGUCACUGAGGACCAACCCAGGCCUCUCAUCUCUGACCAUGACCAAUCUCCUCCUCCAAUCCUCUAUUAGCUCCAUGCUCUACUUCCUGUUAUCCUUGGUUCUGAUUGGUUGCUGUGAGGCACAGAUAUAUUUAGCCAGCCAAUUGGAAGAGAAAAACCCUGAUUCUGCUGGAAAAAUCCAAGCACACACAGGAUUGAUCUUUCUCAAGUACUGUAGACGAUGUACUGCCUUUGACAUUUAGUUUUAGCAGGACCUAUGAUGACUGAACCUGUCUAACUAAACUAUCCAUAGCAUUCAAGCCCAACUAGCCUUGGACUGUAUCUUCAAUAAAAUUAAAGCAUUUGAAAACUGUUACAUACUGUAUGCAGGAAAUUGUAGCUUAUUCUGUUAUUUGUUACAGAUAAUGAUUUAUGCAUACAUUAAGUUUAAGAAGAUGUUGUUGUUUGAUCUAUAUUAAUUUGGGGGUCUAGUUCUAUGAUCUGGUCAUACAUUAUGUUACUUAUUGCCAUUUGGGAUUUGGUGGGAAUAUCUUUAGUUUGUGUGAGCAAUACAUUUGUCACAAAGUAAAGUAUUUUCUAUAUUUCAAAGGGCCUAUGUUACGGAGAAUAAACAGAACACUGGACAGGCUGGCUGUGUGUAAAAAUGUUCUACUGGAGUCUGGGUUCUACUGGGACCCCAACGUUCUACUGGAGUCUGGGUUCUACUGGGACCCCAACAUUCUACUGGAGUCUGGGUUCUACUGGGACCCCAACGUUCUACUGGAGUCUGGGUUCUACUGGGACCCCAAUGUUCUACUGGAAUCUGGGUCUUAGGACAGAGAGAAAGAAAAGUUCAAUACUAUACACAAUACACAAAGUUAUAGCAUUCUAUAUAGAUUAUUUUCCGUGUUAUAUACAUAUUGUAAAUGACAGCAGAACAAUAGGAUUAAGAAUUCAUGCAUACAAACAAUAUAUUAACUGUUAAUUAAAAUUAAUCCUAUUGUUCUUCUGUCAUGCCAUUACUACAUAAGACAAAGGAUUUGUACCUUAAAAUAGAUAUUCCUGUUGUAUUUUGUACCCGUUUCUAUAUGUAUGUAGUUCUCAACCAGUUUCAUUUGUCUGUAAAUCAAUCUACAAUGUAUAGAAAGACGCACUGAAUUUACUGUAAGACAUAUAGGGAAAAUAACACAUUGCAGAGUGUAUUCCGUAUAUUACCAGUGUGUUUAUACUGUGCAAGAAGAAAUAAUAAUA